CUAGGAGACGCAGGAUAGCAGCAUGACACUGCAACAUCUACACUAGAGCAAAACUGUGCGAUUUUAUGUGCCACACUGAGAGUGUGUGAGAGCCAGAGAGAAAGAGAAGUUUGCCAGUUAGCAGGGAAAAAAAAGUAACAGCAGGAGAACAGCAAAGUAAAAGAUAUCAAGAGGAACAAGAAAGAGACUGUGGGAGUGACAGGAGAGAUGCGCGUGGGGAUGAAGUGGGUUUGUCGGAGGAGUUGAGCCGUGCCGCUCACACACACACACACGCACACACACUUCCAAAAGCUCAGGAAGGAGGAGAGAAUGAAGAAACACUCGGCCCGAGUGGCCCCUCUCAGCUCCUAUAGCGCCCAGGUGCUCACCUGCCCCAUCUCUGAAGGAGGAGAGGGCUCAGAUUCACAUGCAGAGACUCCAGGCAGUGAAACAAGUGGAGAUGGCACCGCAUAUCAAACCUGCGCCAACACAGUGCUCAAGGUGCUGGGGGGCUUGCUGGUGGUGCUGUGCAUCUCCUCGUCAUGGGUGGGCACCACACAAGUGGUUCAGCUCACGUUCAAAUCCUUUUCCUGUCCCUUUUUCAUCACAUGGUUCAGCACCAACUGGAACAUUCUCUUCUUCCCCCUCUACUACUCUGGGCACGUGGCCACCACCAGAGAAAAACAGACGCCUAUUCAGAAAUUCAGGGAAUGUAGUCGGUUGUUUGGGGAGGAUGGAAUGUCUCUGAAGGUGUUUCUGAAGAGAACGGCGCCUUUCUCCAUCUUGUGGACGCUGACUAACUACCUGUACCUGUUAGCACUGAGAAAACUAACCGCCACAGACGUCUCAGCGCUCUACUGCUGCCACAAGGCUUUCGUCUUCCUCUUGUCAUGGAUUGUCCUCAAAGAUCGUUUCAUGGGUGUGCGGAUUGUGGCUGCCAUUAUGGCUAUCACCGGCAUCGUGAUGAUGGCGUAUGCUGAUGGUUUCCAUGGGGAUUCCUUUAUGGGUGUGGCCUUAGCAGUCGGCUCCGCCUCCACUUCUGCUCUCUACAAGGUGCUGUUUAAGAUGUUCCUCGGCAGUGCUAAUUUGGGAGAGGCUGCUCAUUUCUUCUCCACGAUGGGCGUUUUCAAUCUCAUCUUCAUCUCCUGUGUUCCCCUCAUCCUGUACUUCACCAAAGUGGAGCACUGGGGAUCCCUCUCAUCUUUGCCCUGGGGUUACCUCUGCGGGGUGGCCGGCCUUUGGCUAGUAUUUAACAUCCUGGUCAAUGUAGGAGUGGUACUCACAUAUCCUAUUCUCAUAUCCAUCGGGACGUUACUCAGUGUUCCAGGCAAUGCAGCCAUUGACGUGCUGAAGCAUGAGGUCAUCUUCAGCGUGGUGCGUCUGGCUGCCACCUGCAUCAUCUGCCUGGGCUUCCUGCUGCUGCUGCUCCCUGAGGAGUGGGACACGGUCACCCUGCGCUUCCUCACCACCCUGGCUGACAAGAAGACGGAGGAGCACGGCGAGGAGCUCACAGAAUCCAGCGUCCACACGCGCAGCCGGAGUAGAGCCAACGGAGCCGUGUCCAUCCCGAUGGCAUGACCUUUGACCUGUGAAUGAGUAGCCAGCGAUCAGCAUUGAUCCACCACAUGGCAGCCUUUGAAAGAAAAAAAAAAGAAUGGUUUAUUUGUAUUUAAGGUUUUGGAAAGAAGACAAAAGAGAUUAAGCAAAGUGAAGAGGAAGGAAGGUACACUGCCAGGCCAAAAAAAACAAAGUCGCUGUUUGGAUAUAAAUAGGCAAAUGCUUAAUAAUCUAUGACUGGAUCAUUAUUGCUGUGAUUAUCAGCAUGUUAAAUGUUUGGCAACAGUUCUUCCAACCCUAACUGAUGAAGUGUGUAGCUUUUCAUUUCUUAAACAACCAUAUAGGAAGACACAUCAUGGCCAUAUUCCAGGAUGACAAAGCCAAGAUUCAUCAGGCUCAUAUUGUUAAAGAAUGGUUGGGAGGGAGCAUGAAGAAGAUCUUGACCAAAAAUUGAUGGACCUCUUGUGUUGUGAUGUUAUUUCCAUCAAGAGGCUCGUCACUUUUUGGUCAAGAUCUUGCAUUGACAAUGCAAGAGGUGAGCACUCUGUAAAGUCUCCUCCAGCACAUCCCAAAGACUUUCAAUGAAUUUAAAGGGUUAGUUCACCCAAAAAUGAAAAUUCUGUAAUUUAUUACUCACCCUCAUGCCGUUCCACACCCGUAAGACCUUCGUUCAUCUUCGGAACGCAAAUUGAGAUAUUUUUGUUGAAAUCCGAUGGCUCAGUGAGGCCUACAUAGGGAGCAAUGACAUUUCCUCUCUCAAGAUCCAUAAAGGUACUAAAACAUAUUUAAAUCAGUUCAUGUGAGUACAGUGGUUCGGUAUUAAUAUUAUAAAGCGACGAGAAUAUUUUUGGUGUGCCAAAAAAAAAACAAAAUAACGACUUAUAUAGUGAUGGCCAAUUUCAAAACACUGCUUCAGGAAGAUUCGGAGCAUAAUUAAUCAGCGUGUCGAAUCAGCGGUUUGGAGCGCCAAAGUCAUGUGAUUUCAGCAGUUUGGCGGUUUGACACUCGAUCCAAAUCAUGAUUCAAUACGCUGAUUCAUUACGCUCCGAAGCUUCCUGAAGCAGUGUUUUGAAAUCGGCCAUCACUAAAUAAGUCGUU